AUGACAGGAAGCAACUGCACCCAAGUGACUGAGUUCAGCUUAAUGGGGUACACAGAGGACCCAGUGACUCAGGUCAUUCUCUUUCUGAUGUUUCUGCUUAGCUCUCUUGUCACCAUCCUGGGGAACCUUGGGAUGAUUGUGUUAAUCAGGGUCAGCCCACAGCUCCACACCCCCAUGUAUUAUUUCUUGGGUAACCUGGCUUUUGUAGACCUCUGUUCUUCCACCACCAUCAUCCCCAAGACGUUGGCUGACUUUAUGUCAGAGAAGAAGAGCAUAGCUUAUGCUGGGUGCAUGGUUCAGGUGUUCACUGUUGAUCUUUUUGGGGUGACCGAAGGCGUCCUGCUGGCUGUGAUGGCGUAUGACCGUUACGUGGCCGUUUGCCAUCUCCUGGUGUAUCCCCUUGCCAUGUCCCCAGAAUGCUGUUUCCAGCUGGUGACUCUAUCAUAUAUCAUGGGGUUGACAAAUGGCAUGGGACAGACCAUUGACAUGUCCAAUUUAUCCUUCUGCAGCUCCAGCAUCAUCAGCCUGCUCUUCUGUGACAUUUCCUCUCUGAUAUCACUCUCAACCUCCGACACCACCCUCAGUCAUGUUAUCCUAAGAACUGCAGCAUCUUUAUUGGGUGUGUCCAGCAGCCUGGUUGUCCUGGUCUCCUAUGUGGCCAUCAUCUCUGCCAUCCUGAGCAUCAGUUCAGCCAAGGGCAAGAGCAAAGACUUCUCCACCUGCACCUCCCACCUCACCACUGUGAACAUCUUCUACGGGACAUCAUUUUUGAUGUACUUAAAGCCCAGCUCAGACAGUUCAAAAGAAGAUAAAUGGACUGUGGUGCUCCACACUGUGGUGACUCCCAUGCUGAACCUCCUGAUCUACAGCCUGAGGAAUAAGGGGGUGAAGGAGGCUUUGAAUAGAUUCAUAAAAAUAAAAUGA